GGGUGUGCCUUGGACUGGGGAGGGAGAUGGCGGACUUCUAAGACCUGCGACGAGAGUUCAGGCCUUUGGCACCAACUGAGUGGCUUCACUUGCUCAGGCUGGGAGGGACAGAGAGUGAGGCACCGGGACUCUCAACUUGGGCCAAGCUCUGAGCAGAUGCUUUAAUGUCCUCAUGGGACAAUAGAUUUGGGGAUUUUGGGGGUGGAUCCCUUCCAAGCAGAAUCCCCACCAUCCUCUCUGGUGUGAGGGGACCCUGGAGCUCCGGACCUCAGGCCAGGAGCCCAGCCUGGGUCUGGAGUGAGGGGCUGACCAGACGGAGCUGCUCCUGUCCCGGCAGAUGGCAGAGGUGGAAGCGGUACAGCUGAAGGAGGAAGGGAACCGGCAUUUCCAGCUCCAGGACUACAAGGCCGCCACAAAGAGCUACAGCCAGGCCCUGAAGCUGACCAAGGACAAGGCCCUGCUGGCCACACUUUAUCGGAACCGGGCAGCCUGUGGCCUGAAAACGGAGAGCUAUGUCCAGGCAGCUUCAGAUGCCUCCAGAGCCAUUGACAUCAACUCCUCGGACAUCAAGGCUCUGUAUCGGCGAUGCCAGGCACUGGAGCACCUGGGGAAACUGGACCAGGCCUUUAAGGACGUGCAGCGUUGUGCCACCCUCGAGCCACGGAACCAGAACUUCCAGGAGACGCUGAGGAGACUCAACACCAACAUUCAGGAGAAGCUCCGAGUGCAGUUCUCCACAGACUUGAGGGUACAGAAGAUGUUUGAGAUCCUCUUGGAUGAAAACAGUGAGGCUGAUAAGCGGGAAAAGGCUGCCAACAAUCUCAUUGUCCUAGGCCGUGAGGAAGCAGGAGCUGAGAAGAUCUUCCAGAACAAUGGGGUAGCCUUACUACUGCAGCUUCUGGACACUAAGAAGCCUGAGCUGGUGCUGGCUGCAGUGCGGACCCUGUCGGGCAUGUGCAGCGGCCACCGAGCCAGGGCCACAGUGAUUCUGCAUGCAGUGCGGAUAGACCGAAUCUGUAGCCUCAUGGCGGUGGAGAAUGAGGAGAUGUCUCUAGCUGUCUGCAAUCUGCUCCAAGCCAUCAUUGACUCCCUGUCUGGGGAGGACAAGCGGGAGCAUCGAGGGAAGGAGGAGGCCCUGGUUCUAGACACCAAGAAGGACCUGAAGCAGAUCACCAGCCACCUGCUGGACAUGCUAGUCAGCAAGAAGGUAUCUGGCCAGGGCAGGGAUCAGGCACUGAACCUGCUCAAUAAGAAUGUCCCCAGGAAGGACCUUGCCAUUCACGACAACUCACGCACCAUCUAUGUGGUGGAUAACGGUCUGAGGAAGAUCCUGAAGGUCGUGGGGCAGGUUCCAGAUCUGCCAUCCUGCCUGCCCCUGACUGACAACACCCGCAUGUUGGCCUCUAUCCUCAUCAACAAGCUCUACGAUGACCUGCGCUGUGACCCGGAGCGCGAUCACUUCCGCAAGAUCUGCGAGGAAUACAUCACGGGCAAGUUUGACCCCCAGGACAUGGACAAGAAUUUGAAUGCCAUCCAGACGGUGUCAGGGAUCCUGCAGGGCCCCUUUGACCUGGGCAACCAGCUGCUGGGACUGAAAGGUGUGAUGGAGAUGAUGGUGGCACUAUGUGGCUCAGAGCGCGAGACGGACCAGCUGGUGGCCGUGGAGGCCCUCAUCCAUGCCUCCACCAAGCUCAGCCGUGCCACCUUCAUCAUCACCAAUGGAGUGUCACUGCUCAAACAGAUCUACAAGACCACCAAAAAUGAGAAGAUCAAGAUCCGCACACUGGUGGGACUCUGUAAGCUUGGCUCCGCAGGCGGCACAGACUACGGUCUCAGGCAGUUUGCGGAAGGGUCGACAGAAAAGCUGGCCAAACAGUGUCGCAAGUGGCUGUGCAAUACGUCCAUAGACACCCGGACCCGGCGCUGGGCAGUGGAGGGCCUGGCCUACCUCACGCUGGACGCUGAUGUGAAGGACGACUUUGUCCAGGACAUCCCUGCCCUGCAGGCCAUGUUUGAGCUGGCCAAGACCAGUGACAAGACCAUCCUGUACUCGGUGGCCACCACCCUCGUGAACUGCACCAACAGCUACGAUGUCAAGGAGGUCAUCCCGGAGCUUGUCCAGCUCGCCAAGUUCUCCAAGCAGCAUGUGCCCGAGGAGCACCCGAAGGACAAAAAGGACUUCAUAGAUAUGCGGGUGAAGCGGCUUCUGAAGGCGGGUGUCAUCUCUGCUCUGGCUUGCAUGGUGAAAGCAGAUAGUGCCAUCCUCACCGACCAGACCAAGGAGCUGCUGGCCAGGAGCCAGGUUGGUAUCACGUCCCAGGUGAAUUUUGGACACCUGGCAAUCAUCAGACCUCAGGUGGACACUGGACUCAAGGUGUACAUCAGGACCCAGGUUGCCAGGCCCCAGAUCGACACCAGGUGGUCACAGGCCCUAGGUGGAAACUCAGGCCGCAGGUGCACAUCACGCUCCAAGUGGACACCCAAGACCCAAGUUGGUACCCAGGUUCCAGGUGGGCACUGGGCCCCAGAUGAACACCAGGCCCCGGUGGGGCUCCAGGUGGACAUCAAGCCUCAGGCCCUGGUAGACAGCAGGUCCAAGGUGCACAUGAGGCUCCAGGUGAACACCGUCCCCAGGGACACCCUGUCCCCAGGUGAACACCAACACCAAGGAAGACAUCCACCUCCACCUGGACACCAUUCCCAUGUAUACCUAGGCCCUAUGGGAGCACCAGGCCCCAACCUGAUGUCAGCCUGGGAGCUGGUGUUCGCUGGAGGCCUGAAAUCCUCCUGGUGCCUGAUGUCCAACUUGGGACUUUGUUUCCACCUGGAGACUGAUGCCUACCUGGACCAGAUGUCCAACUGGAACAAGAUGUCUACCUGUAGCCUAGAACUUCACCUAAGGCUUGAUGUUCCCCAGGGCCUAUGCAUCUACCUAGGGACUUGUGUCCAGGUGGAUAUCAGGCCCCAGAUGAAUACCUACGCUUCAGGUGUUCAUCAGUCCCAGGUGAACAUAAGGCCAGAGAUGGACAUCAGGCCUCAGGUGCACAUCUGGCUCCAGGUAAACAUCGGCCUUAGGUUCCUGCGACCCCGGAGUCGCGCCAUGGGAGCGAGGUCCUUUGCCGCGGCCCUAGACAAGGACAAUGAGGAGGGUGCACGUGGAGUCUCCGCGGAAAGGCUGGACUCUGGGCAGGAGACUUCGCGAUGGGCGCAGCCUCAUCUGCAAGCCUUGAUCACUGCCCGGUGCCUGCUGGCCCUGCGAGCUCCGCGGCGGUGGAGCCAGGCCCGCGCUGCAGGCUCUCGGCCCUGCCUGCGGACUCUGUCCUUUGUCUUGACCGUGGGACCCGGGCUUCAGCUGGCCCACGGUUCCUGA